AUGCACAAACUGAAUAUUUACCUCAACGAUGAUGUUCAGUCGUCAACUGACAGUAUAGCACACUCAAACUACGCACCAACACCACCUCAAUCAAACUCACCACAACAAACAACAACAACACCAUCAUCACCAAAGAGAAAAUCCAAACAGCAUUUGAAGCAUCAUCGGAUCAACAAUUUCUAUUCUUCUUCGCAAGUGAAUCCUAAUUACUCGUCUACAAACUUGUCCAAGAUACAGCAUCAUAAUCAACAUGGAUCGCCCACGUUUUAUUCCAAUUUUAAUGAUUCAACCACUUCAAUUGGGUCUAGUCCGUACCAGUUGGGUACGCCGCCAUUGUUAGGCUCACAUAGCUCAUCUUACACUUCAAUCAAGAAUAUGUUGCCAAUGACACCGCCAGCCUCUGAAACAACUUCACCAGAACCCAAAUACUUUGAUAUAAAACAACGACUGGUGAAGGGCAAGAACGUUGGCCUGUUGUUGGGGAGAGUCAAAUCGUUAAUACCACCAGUCAACUACACCAUCUGCUCAUUAUGUUUUAUCUGGUACUUCUUUUCCAUCAUUUCCUCCAAUUCAAUCAAAUUGAUUUUAACAAAGUACAAGUAUCCAGUUACGGUAACUCAAUUACAAUUUCUCAUGAACGCAGGUUUGAGUUUGGGUUUGUUGUUUAUUUCAAAUCAUUACACUAAUGAGAGAAUUAUUCCAUCUAGCAUACUCCCACCAAAUAGAUCAAUGAGGCAAUUUGUCAUACCGACAAAGUUCAUCCUUUCUACUACUGUGCCCAUGGGAUGUUUUCAAUUUGUUGGUCAUUUAACUAGUCAUAAGGCAACUUCUGAUAUACCGGUUUCACUUGUGCACACUAUCAAGGCAUUGAGUCCAUUGGUAACUGUAUUGGUGUAUCGUUUUAUCUUCAACAAACGUUACAGACUAAGAACUUAUCUUACAUUGAUUCCACUUAGUGUCGGGAUUAUGAUGACUUGUUACAAACUGAAAAAGAAGUCUGUUCCAAGCACAGCGGGUCAGGUUGUUGCCCCAGUAAACAAUAGCUACCUGUCUGGCCUCAUUUUUGCAUUUAUUUCCAUGUUGAUCUUUGUUAGUCAAAAUAUGUUUGCCAAGAGUAGAUUGACACCAAAUACUGUAACACCACAAGAAUCAAAAUCAAUUCCAAUUUCCAAAAGUGAACCAAAGAAGUUGGACAAUUUGACAAUCAUUUUUUAUUGCUCGAUAGUGGGAUUUCUAUUCACAUGUCCAAUCUACAUCACUUCAGAAUUUUUCAAUAGCACCUUUUCAUUAGCACAAUUGGACUUGACAAUAUUACUGUUGGUGGUUAUAAACGGAUUGGGCCAUUUUAUCCAAACCGUAAUUGCAUUCCAAAUUCUAGGACUCUUAUCGCCCAUUGAUUAUUCAAUUGCAAACAUUUUAAAGAGAAUAUUUAUUAUACUAAUGUCGUUUCUUUGGGAAGCAAAAAACUUUACUCCUUUGCAAACGGCAGGGUUAUUUACAACCUUGGUUGGAUUAUAUAGCUACGACAGAUGGGGAACUCAGCGUUAA